UUUCGUGGGAGCCAGGGAGUAGACAGUUUAGCAGCAGAGGAGGGAGUCUAUGUGCGCUGGAUCGCAGUGCGAGGUGUGUGAGGCUCACAUUGGCCGAAGACCCUGGGGCGCAAUCGCAGGGGAGUUAGGACUCGCGACUUGGCUGCCGGGCCUUCCUGCGAGGCUUCAGAGGCACAAACUGAAGGGACUAGCUCGUUCAGCCGCAUCUCACCUCUCUUUUAAGUGCACCGAGCGGGGCCCGCGUUGAAGCAGAAGCUGUCGGGGGGCGCGGAGCCCGGAGUCCCAGUGUGGCCUGGCGGAACGGAACUUGUGUCAGGGCGAGCCAGGUGGGAACCCCCGGACCGCGCUUGGGUUUUAAGGAGAAGCCUACAUCUUCUGAGGGGUGCCGAUACCGAGAUAGUCAAGGAGUCGGGGCGGCCACUGAAUCCCCAGAGGGGAGACCCUGUUGGGGAAAGGGUACGCAGUCCCAAACAAUCUCGGAAAGCAGAGCGGAAUCAGGCGUGUACACCCGGGGGCGCAGAGCCCCCGUCGCUUCUGGUGCGGCAGAGAGGUGAGGGGAAGGAGCCCUUGGAGGCCCCAGCCUGUGCUCAGGUUGGGGGCGGCUGCCCAGUGAGUUCUCCUGGCUCGCCAGGAGAAGAACGGCACCAAAGCCUGCGGGAGGGGAGCAUUUCAAGGCCCGUGGACGAUGAGGAUGGGAGCCUGAGCGCUUCAGAGCACAGAGCAGCACGGCGGCAAGACGAGGCGAGCUUUGCUGAGGAGGCGCCAGGGGAUCCGGAACUGCAGCCUGCCCCGGGAAGAUGGCCCGGCCAGGGCAGCGUUGGCUUGGCAAGUGGCUUGUGGCGAUGGUCUUGUUGGCGCUGUGCCGGCUUGCCACGCCACUGGCCAAGAACCUGGAGCCCGUGUCCUGGAGUUCCCUCAACCCCAAGUUCCUGAGUGGGAAGGGCCUGGUGAUCUACCCAAAGAUUGGAGACAAGCUGGACAUCAUCUGUCCACGAGCAGAAGCAGGGCGGCCCUACGAGUACUACAAGCUGUAUCUGGUUCGGCCUGAACAGGCAGCUGCCUGCAGCACCGUGCUCGACCCCAAUGUGCUGGUCACCUGCAAUCGGCCAGAGCAGGAAAUCCGCUUCACCAUCAAAUUCCAGGAGUUCAGCCCCAACUACAUGGGCCUGGAGUUCAAGAAGCACCAUGAUUAUUACAUUACCUCUACAUCCAAUGGGAGCCUGGAGGGACUGGAAAACCGGGAAGGAGGUGUGUGCCGCACACGCACCAUGAAGAUCAUCAUGAAGGUCGGGCAAGACCCCAAUGCUGUGACACCUGAGCAGUUGACUACUAGCCGACCCAGCAAGGAGGCUGACAACACUAUCAAGAUGGCCACGCAGGCCCCCGGUAGUCGGGGCUCCCUGGGUGACUCUGAUGGCAAGCAUGAGACUGUGAACCAGGAAGAAAAGAGUGGCCCAGGUGGGAGCGGAGGCAGCAGCGGGGACUCUGACAGCUUCUUCAACUCCAAGGUGGCAUUGUUUGCGGCUGUCGGCGCUGGCUGCCUCAUCUUCCUGCUCAUCAUCAUCUUCCUGACGGUUCUGCUACUAAAGCUGCGUAAGCGACACCGCAAGCACACGCAGCAGCGGGCACCUGCCCUCUCACUCAGUACCCUGGCCAGUCCCAAGGGGGGCAGUGGCACGGCGGGCACCGAGCCCAGCGACAUCAUCAUCCCCUUACGGACUACAGAAAACAACUAUUGCCCCCACUAUGAGAAGGUGAGUGGGGACUACGGGCACCCCGUCUACAUCGUCCAGGAGAUGCCACCCCAGAGCCCAGCGAACAUCUACUACAAGGUCUGAGAGCCCGGAGCGGCCUCAGGCCCUGAGGGACCGUCGGAGGGGACUGCACCUCUCCUUUCUCUCCACGCCCUUCCCCUUGCCAGCUGUGCCCACCUUUGUAAUUAGUUUUGUAGUUUCUUGGCUUUUAUAAUCCCCCUUUGCCCUCCCCCUAGGCUUUGGAGGGGGUACUCAUGCCCCCAGCCCCCAUGCUCUUGUGCCUUCCCCCUCUGGCCAGGCCUCUGGGCUCUGUGGGGGUGCUCCUUUGAGGAGGGCAGGGUUGGACACUAAUGGACAGUAAGCAGGGAGAUGACCCCGCCCCCCUGGCCCUGCCCUCCUCACUCCCUUUUCCCCUUCCCAAGACUGUUUGUCUGCUAUGAUCACUGUUUUUAAUGUUUUUGUGUUCAUUUUUUAGCUGAAACUCCUUUUCAUAUGCUUUUUUUUUUUGGAAGAAAAAUCAGCCCCUCUGAGCCCAGCUCAGCCUAAUAUAAGGGGUCAGGGCCAGGGCCAGGAUGUGGCCAGCUUGAAAGCAUAGGAUGGCCUAUCUGUUAUUUGGGGGUAAGGGAGAUCAGGACUGUUCUUGCCCAUGAGGAAAGAUGACAGUGCCUUUGGGCAAAGUGUCUCACCCUCCCCUCCUGACCCUUUUGCUACAAAGCUGAUUUUGGCAAUGGGGUAGUGGCUGUCACCCUUUCAUACACACACACACACACACACACACACACACACACACACACACCUUCCUUGUGGGAUUCUUGGGCAUCUCCUGCCUCCCUCACUCUCACGGUAAUUAACGUCUUAAUUGGCUGUUGCCUGGGGAACAGGAGAGCUGUUGCAGGCAGAUGACCUCAUGGGGGGUGGAGGGAGGUGAGGUGCCCAGGUGGCUAUUUGCCCUGUAGAGCUGGGAGUUCUCCCUUCUCCCCCCUCCCCUUCCUGUUCUCUCCUUACCUUUGGCCCCCUAGGCCUGGUGGGAGAUAGAGGCCCAGGGCAGAGACCUAAGCAGGUAUAAGGCCAGUUGGCCUGCUCCUUUUCUGGGCUCUAGCACAGGUGGAUGUCCCUAAAGCCAGCUCUCAUUGGCCUCCUACUUUUGGGCUGGGGCUGGAAAGAGGAAGAAGCUGCCCAGGGUUGGGCCAGCACGCCGUGCACUUUGACCCCGGCUCCUUGCCAGCACGGCUGCUAACAGACUGCCACUUGAGUGUGCCUUGCAGGCGCUCCUAGAGUGGCCAUGGAAGGAACUGGGCCUUACACCAUCCACCUUCAUACUGCCUCCUGGCCAGUUGCCUACCUUAGUGCCAGGUGGGAGAGAGAGAGUGGAAAACCCAGCCUCUUCCAGGUGGCAGUCGGAAGGCAUUUUGUUUUUGUUUCUGUUGUCAUUUGUGUAAAUACUAGUCUUUUUUUGGAAAAAAAAUAAUGUAAAGAUGUUUUGUAUAAACUCUGAAUUAUU